CGGGGCCAUACCCUAGGAGGCAGGGACAGUUCCAGAGGGGCAGGACCGAUGCCCCCAGGAGGUGCGGCGAGAGAGGAAUCAAGGCGGGGAGAGAAGGAGGAGGAACCGGAGCCGGGAGGUGAAGUGGGACAAAUCCAUAACCCGGGAAGAAGAUCAGUGGUGAAAGUCAGAGCCCAGAAAGCGGAUUGGGGUGGAGCCAGAGCCAAAGAGAUGGGGAGCGGGAGGAGCCGAGUCUGCGAGGCGACGUGGGGCAGAGGUAGCCAGGAAGACGGCCGGGGGCGGAGCCAGGGCCCAGGGGACAAACCGGGGGAGGGUCCCUCACUGCAAAGGCCUUUUGUUUUCCGGCAGGGAGGGGCGGAACCUCGACUGUGGAGGCAGUCCUACCAGGGGGCGGAGCCUGAGCCGCGAAUUCUAAACGCUUAGCUGGAGGCCUGGCAGAGGACUGGAGGACUGGGCAAGAUUGAGCCGGGAGGUAAGCCCGGCCGGGCGGCAGCCUGGGCUGCAGAGUCUAGCGGACAACCGGGUGGGGCGGGAUAGGAAGGAGCCGGGGAUGGAGCCCGGGCCGGACAGCGGAACCCGCCAAAUAUUUUACCUCAGUUCCUCAACGAAUCCACUGUGACUCAACGGGCUGUUGCCUCACAUGUAAACCUCAGGGAGGCCUGUUUCCUUCUCUGAGAGUUCCGCUACCUGAGUGGGAUAAUCUCCAAGGCUCCAAAUGCGAAUGGAAUUCUUGAAAAAAUGCUGGUCUUAAAAAUGAGUCCAUUAACACAGGCUUGCUUUGAUAAAUAGGUGAGGAGGACUCCAACUCCAUAUGAAACUGUGCUGCCAGUGUGCUCGGAACAGUGGGCCCUUUCAUGUCCUCCUCUCCGUAAAGGCAACACUGCCGUGCGAACGUUUACGAGGAUGACGACUCGACAGCGCCCUUUAACAGACGCAAAGCGGAAGAGGUGGGCCGGAAGUGGAAGUGCGGCAGGGAGUUAGCGGCGUCUCAGUUGCCAUGGAGACUGGAAGGGGAGAGCAGCAGUCCGCAGAGUCUGAGUCCUACGCCUUCGCUGAGGCGACGUGGACGCCAACUCCGCGUCCGACCCGGAUCCGCAGCCCCAGCCAGUCCUCCCUCGCCUACUCCGAGUCUUUCUACCAGCCAGGUAGUCGGCCCCGCCGCGUCUCGCCGCUCACGCUCCGGCCGCUCCCCGAGCCGCACCUGCUGCGCCUGCGCCCCACCUCGCCGCGCACCCAAGACAUCUCUUACUUGCUCACCGGCGUCUUUCAAAACUUGUAUACCGCCGAGGUGAUUGGCGAGGAGGUGAGUGCGAGUUUGAUCAAGGCCCGCGGCAGCGAGGAUGCUCGGCACGAGGAGUUCGUGGACCAGCUUCAGCAGAUUCGGGAGCUCUAUAAGCAGCGGCUGGAUGAAGUUGAAAUGUUGGAGAGACAUAUCAUUCAGGCCCGCGCACGGGCCCUUGCGGAGAAAGAGCGGGCCAUGCAACAGGCCGAAGUACAGGUCCUUGAGCCGUUCAUCAAGAUGCCUCCAGUGAAGACCAUCUUCAGGUGGUGUGUGGACAACGAGUUGCUACAGAAGCAUCAUUUGAUCUGCCCGAAUGAUUACUACAGCGAUACAGUGCCCUUUUGCUCUGCACCUAAAGGUGCCUUUGUCCCUGGAUAUUCAAAACUGACAUUUAGUUUUGAGAAACGUUCUGUCCCAAAGAUAGAGCUGACCAAGAAGCUUGCCUGCAGGAAGAUGCCCUCUCAGUCUGAAGAGGAGACAGACUACACCAUGGACAGCCUGACAUGGGACUCAUCUUUUAAGGGCAAACUCAGAUCCAGAGCAACUGCCGAGAAAACAGGUUCACCGAAGAAUAAAAACUGGAUGAACCAUUUACGUGUGCCCCAGAGGCAGCUGGAGCGGCUUCUGCUCGCCAGGAUGGAGAGUCGGAACCGCUUCCUGAAAAACCCUCGCUUUUUCCCUCCUAACACUCCGUUUGGAGGCACGUCUCUUCUCUUUCCUCCCAAGAAGUCAGCACUGAUAGGAAAAUUCCAGGAUGGAGAGCUGGAAGAGAGUUGUGCUGAUACUCCAGUGUUUCUAGCUAAGCCCUCAAUCGCAUUUUUCACAGAUUAUGAAAUUGGACAAGUUUAUGAGAUGGUGAUCUCGCUGCAGAACAUCACGUCCACCAGCCACCACCUGCGAGUCCUCCCGCCGUCCACGCCCUACUUCGCUCUGGGAUUGGGGAUGUUCCCAGGAAAAGGUGGAAUGGUGGCUCCUGGAAUGACCUGCCAGUACACUGUCCAGUUUUUUCCCGACUGCCUUGGGGGUUUUGAUGACUUUAUUUUAGUGGAGACCCAGUCAGCACACACGCUGCUGAUCCCCCUGCAGGCCCGGAGGCCGCCCCCAGUGCUGACGCUGUCGCCGGUGUUGGACUGUGGUUACUGCCUCAUUGGGGGCAUGAAGAUGACCAGAUUCAUCUGCAAAAACGUGGGCUUCAGCGUGGGCAAGUUCUGCAUUAUGCCUAAGGAGAGCUGGCCGCCGCCAAGCUUCAGAGCUGUUGCAACCACCGGCUUUGUCGAGCAGCCUCCCUUUGGGAUCCUGCCGUCAGUGUUCGAGCUGGCUCCGGGGCAGGCCGUAUUCGUGCAGCCCUUCUUUCCCCAGGUCCUGUUCCUCCCAACCAGCCUGGGAAAGGCAGAGCAGACCUUCAUCAUCGUGUGUGACAACUGCCAGAUAAAGGAGCUGGUGACCACAGGAAUCGGGCAGCUGGUGGCUCUGGAUCUGAUCUAUGUUUCUGGUGAAAAAAGUCAGCCGGAGCCCGGAGAGCUCACAGACUUAACAGCCCAGCACUUCAUACGCUUUGAGCCUGAAAACCUUCAGUCCACGGCCAGCAAACUGCUGAUUAUUAGAAACACCACGCACGUGGAGCUGGCCUUCCGCUGGCAGAUCGUGAAGCCCAACCUGAGGCCCCUAAUGCCUGGAGAAACCUACAGCCCGGACAGCAUCAAGUCCCACCCCGACAGGGAGACGGCCUUCUCCAUCGCCCCCGACACGGGAGCUCUCGAGCCCCACACGGACCACGAGUUCCUCUUGAGCUUCUCUCCUCGAGAGCCCAGGGAUUUUCACAGCGUGCUCCAGAUGGUGCUAGAGGAAGUCCCAGAGCCCGUGAGCUUGCACUUGGAAAGCCCGAAGGAUCCCUCAUACUCUGUGGAUGACGUGAUUGUCCUGGAAAUCGAGGUGAAAGGCUCAGUGGAACCUUUCCAGGUUCUCUUAGAACCAUAUGCCCUCAUCAUCCCCGGGGAGAACUACGUUGGGAUAAACGUGAAGAAGGAUUUCAAGAUGUGGAACAACAGCAGAUCAGCCAUCAGGUACACGUGGGGGAAGAUCAGCGACUGCCACAUCGUUGAAGUGGAGCCCUGCACGGGGACCAUCGAGCCCAGCGAGGUGGAGGAUUUUCAGUUGAACUUUACCGGGGGUGUCCCCGGCCCGACGAGCCAGAGCCUGCUGUGUGAAAUCAAAGACUCCCCCUCACCCGUGGUCUUACACGUCGAGGCGACCUUUAAGGGGCCUGCCCUCGUCAUCGACGUCUCAGCCCUUCAGUUUGGUUUGCUGCGCCUGGGGCAGAGAGCCACAAAGUCCAUCCAGAUCCGGAACGUCAGCCAGCUCCCGGCCACGUGGUCCAUGAAGGAGAGCAGGGUCUGCCUGCAAGAAAGGCAAGAGAGCGUGUCUCCCUUCGUCAUCGAGCCGUCCAGUGGCCAAGUUCAGCCACUGGGGGAGUGCAGAGUGAGCAUCACGUUGGAGGCCCGGCACUGCCAGUGUCUGCAGACUGUCCUGAAGCUGGAGGUGGUAAACGGGACCUGCAGCCACCUGCCUGUGUAUGCCGAGGUGCAGGAGCCCUACGUGUACCUGCAGAGCAGCCAGGUGGAGGUCACCAACCUCUACGUGGGCGUGCCCACCAAGACGCCUGUCACACUCUUCAAUGGCACACUCCUGCCCACCCAGUUCCACUGGGGCAAGCUCCUGGGGCUCCAAGCAAGCUUCUGCACAGCAAAAGUCUCCCCGAGACGUGGCACGCUGGGCCCCUGUGAGGAGCGCCAGUUCAGCCUAGAGUUGACUGCUCAUACCCAGGAUGAGUUGAUGGACCUGGCCCUCCCUUGUAACGUGUUGGGCGUGAAGGAGCCACUGGUUCUGGGCAUUUCCGGGAAACCCCGGGGACUGCAGGUGGCCAUCGCCAUCUCUACAGAGGACAGCGACAGCAGUGUUACCAGUGCAGAGCUGUGGCCAGGCCACCCGGAGAGGCUCCACCUGGACUUCGGCUCAGCAGUGCCGCUGCGGACCCGCGUGAAUCGCCAGCUCAUCCUGACCAACUGUUCCCCGAUACAGACCCCUUUUACCCUCAAGUUUGAGUACUUUGGGAGCCCUGCAAACAGCCUGCGCCAAAAACCCAGCCUCCCCGACAUGCCUCCUGCCCUGCUGAAGAUGGCUCGGAUGCGGGAGCUCUUGGCCAAGCGAGAGCAGCUGGAGUUUAUGGAAAGCAUGCUGUCCCACGGGAAAGGAGCUGCCUUCUUUCCCCACCUCUCCCAGGGCGUGCUGGGGGCCCACCAACAGCUUGCCAUUGACCUCACAGCCUGUGCGAACAUGUGGGGCGAGUACUGGGACAGCCUCAUCUGCACAGUGGGAGACCUGCCUCCAGCGGUCAUCCCGGUGCACAUGGCGGUGGUGGGCUGCCCCAUCAGCUUCCACAGGACCACCCACUACACCACUGACCAAAUCCAGAAGGAGCCUGUUGUCAGGUUCGGCACCCAGGUCUCUGGAGGAGACACAGUCACCCGGAUCCUUCGCCUGAGUAAUUCCAGCCCCUGUGACAUCCGCCUGGACUGGGAGACCUACGUUCCAGAGGCCAGGGAGGACCGGCUGCUGGAGCUGCUGGUGUCCUAUGGGCCACCCUUCGCGCUGCGGGACCAAGCUGGGAACGGCCUCCUGUGCCCUGAGACCAGCAGCUCCUUCUGGUCCCCAAGUCCCUCUGACGUGUCCAAGUCCAGCCGUGAAGCUGCCCAGUCUGCUGAGGGCGGCUCCAGUGCCGGCGCCUCCCAGGAAAUCAUCUCGGUCACCCUGCAGGGACGUGAGGGGGUGCCCUCUGACGAGCCGUUCUCCAUCAGCCCCAAGCAGGUGGUGGUCCCCGCAGGGGGCAGCAGCACCAUCUGCAUCUCCUUCACACCCGUGGUCCUGGGCCCCGACGUCCUGCACAAGGUGGAGUGUACUGGCUCCGCCCUGGGCUCCAUGAGCUUGGAUGACGAGGUGGAGAGGGAGCUUCCGGGGAGGAGGCGCCGCCUGCCGGGCUCGGCUGUGGGACCCGUGAGGCUGCACCUGCAAGGCUACGUGAGGCCCGCGCAGCUGAGCGUGGAGCUGGACUCCGGCGGCAGCAUGGUGUUCUGGCACCAGGCCAGCGACCUCAUCCCCGAGCAGCGCUGUGCUGGGGUGCUGAGUGAGUUGGUGACCACCCACCACCUGAAGCUGACCAACACCACGGACAUCCCACACUACUUCCGGCUCCUGGUCUCCAGGCCCUUCUCUGUUUCUCAAGAUGGAGUGAGCCGCAGCCACAGGGCUCCCGGUCCCAGCUGGAAGCAGGAGUGCAAGGAGGGGACAGCAGCAGCCGGCAAGCAGCUGGUACUCUACCCACAGGAGAACAUGCUGGUGAAUGUGUCCUUUUCCCUCUCCCCGGAGCUGCUCUCCUAUCAGAAGCUCCCGGCUGACCAGAUGUUGUCUGGAGUGGACAUUCAGCAGAGCGCGAGUGGAGAGAAAAAGAUGGUCUUCACUCAGAAUCUGCUUCUGGAAUACAGCAACCAGACCACUCAGGUGGUGCCCCUGCGGGCCGUCGUGGCCGUGCCCGAGCUGCAGCUCUCCACCAGCUGGGUGGACUUCGGGACCUGCUUCGUGAACCAGGGCCGCGUCCGGGAGGUCUACCUGAUGAACCUGAGCGGCUCCCGGAGCUACUGGGCCGUGUUGACAGGGUCUCCCCAAGCAGCGGGCUGCUGGAGGCACGACCGGUCAACGCGCCCCCCACCUCCGUCCCCCUCCAGGUUUCCUUCACCGCCAGGUACGGCCCUCCCAGCCUUGCUGGCGCUGCCUCUGGAGCCCUGGCCCAGGGCCCCCAACUCAUCUCCGCCCCUGCUCCCCACAGGAGCUGUGAGCUGUACGAGUCCACGCUGGUGGUGGAAGGCGUGCUCGGUGAGAAAUCCGGCACCCUGCGGCUCCGGGGCCGAGGCUCGUAUGACGAGAGAUAUGCAUCACCCUACUAGCUCUGAGCCUCUGCCCUCAACCCCCAAUACUGGAAAUAAACACAGCCCAGAGCUAUGGAGCAGGUUUACUGGGCAAAGGCACCUACUGGAGGACCUCUGAACAGCUCCUGGGAUGGAGGGACCCCCCACCCCCACCCCGCAACCUGCCCCACCACUUCCAGGCCCUGCACCCUGUGUCCUCAGAGCUAAUACAAAGGGUCGGCCACGCCCCUGUGGAGACCAGAGCAGUUAAAAGAGUCACUAUUCAGAUUCAGCAGAGGCAGGACUAGCA